AGAACAGUCUGCGCUUCAGGGAAAAUGAGCGAAUCACUGGUUGUGUGUGAUGUUGACGGAGAUCUAGUUAAAAAGCUACGGGAAUUCCGCUUCCGGAAGGAGACUAACAAUGCUGCUAUCAUCAUGAAGAUUGACAAGGACAAGCAGCUUGUCAUCCUUGAUGAAGAACAUGAGGAUAUUUCUCCUGAUGAUUUGAAGGAUGAGCUGCCUGAAAGACAGCCAAGAUUUGUGGUGUAUAGCUACAAGUAUGAACAUGAUGACGGGCGAGUUUCUUACCCUCUGUGUUUCAUCUUCUCCAGUCCAGUGGGAUGUAAACCUGAGCAACAGAUGAUGUACGCCGGAAGCAAAAACAAACUGGUGCAAACUGUCCAGUUGACCAAGGUGUUUGAGAUCAGAAACACGGAGGACCUGACAGAGGAAUGGCUUAGAGAGAAGCUGGGCUUCUUCGGUUAAGACGAGGCCAUUUUGGGUGAUCUAAUGGACUGAAGGGUCUACAGGAGGAACAAGACGCUGGGAAGGAAAAGAACACUAUUCCGUUACGUUUCCCUCCUCCGAUGUACCUAUUCCCCAUACAAUCCCCCCCCCUCAACAUGUGCCAGUUUCCUGUGUCCAUAAUGAAAUUAACACUACCACUCCUUCUGAGAUGGAUAGAGCUCUCCUUGUCCUACACAAGCAAAAUUCAAGGGAAAUUGAAAGGAAUUGUCAUGGCGGCAAUUUCUUUUGAGUUUUGCUUGUUUAGUAAUAAUUACAUAAUUAUGACCUGGUAGAUUAGAUUCUAACCACUUUUUUUUAAAUAUUUUUUUUAUGUAACCAAAAGGAUGGUUCUGAUAUUAAGAGGGGAUCUGUGAUUUGGGGAGCUGUUUAAAAAAAAAGAAGAAAUAUGUAUCAAGUCAUAAAUAUAUGACUUGUGGGAGGAUGCUGGCUUGUGAAGAUACAGUACUACUUUGAUUCUUCUUUAUACAUUUUCAAGAUGGAAGUGCCUCCAGGCUUGAAGCACUUUUGACCUUAAAUCACACAAACAUAGCCAUUCAUUUUACAUCCAAAUUCAAUGUAUUUUUGACUAUGUUGUGUGUGUGUGUGUACUUUCUCCUUGUGCUUGGAAAGGUAGGUCAGUAUAAAGUAAUACAUUCAUUUCUUACAACAUUCACUCACUGAUUUAAGUUUAUAUGACACCAUAUGACGACAAAGAAUAUUAAUCCUUAUUACAAUACUC